UUACCGUAUCCACAAAAUUCUUAAAGCUCGGCAUACCUAUUAUUAGGACCUCAACUUCUGCAUUAAUCUUCCCAUCGGACAUCGGUUCCUAUGAUUUUCUGCAAUCUUGUUUUCUGAGUUGACGAAAUUCUUUUCCCCUUUCUCUAGCAUCCUAAAGUAACCAAUAAGCACAUAAACCUUCGUGGACAUGGCAACAGCCUUGUCCACGACCAGUGUGCUUCGCUGGAGGAAUCCACAGCACAUGCAUAUCUCACCCUCUUCACAGACACUUUGCCACUCCUCACUCCAAAAUGGAACUUUAAGAACUGUAGCUGCUUCAGCCUCAAAAGACAUCAACAGAGAAAGUGAGAAGGGUUCUUCUUUGUUGGUGAACAGAAGAACAGUCUUGGCUUCUGGGGUUUCCUUGUUGGGCUUCCCGGGUGAGAGUUUGGCCGUGGUGAAACAAGGCCUUCUAGCAGGGAGAAUUCCUGGUCUGUCUGAACCAGAUGAACAAGGCUGGAGGACAUAUCGCAGGCCAGAUGAAAAGUCAGGAGGACAUGGGGUUGGAUGGAGUCCUAUUAUCCCAUACAGCUUCAGAGUGCCUGAAGAAUGGGAAGAGGUACCAGUAUCAAUAGCAGAUCUUGGUGGCACAGAGAUAGAUUUGAGAUUUGCCAGCUCUAAGGAAGGACGUUUGUUUGUCAUUGUUGCCCCUGUUCUUAGAUUCUCUGAUAAUCUUGGUGACAAUGCUACAAUAGAAAAAAUUGGACCUCCAGAGAAAGUGAUCAAUGCUUUUGGUCCGGAAAUGAUUGGGGAAAAUGUGGAAGGGAAGGUUCUAAGUUCUAAUGUAGCAGAACAUGAAGGAAGAACAUAUUAUCAGUUUGAGCUAGAGCCUCCUCAUAUUUUCAUUACUGCCACUGCAGCCGGCAAUCGCUUAUAUUUGUUUGGUGUAACAGGCAGUGGUCUUCAGUGGAAGAGACACUACGAUGAUUUGAAGAAGAUAGCUGAGUCUUUUCGGGUCGUAUAAUUAGAAUCCUCUGUGAACUAAGAGAUCAUUGAAAUGCAGCUUUCCGUAUUUGUAGUAUAGUACAACGAAGAGGUUGUUUCCCACUACUUUGUCUGAUUGGGAUUUAUGUGAAUCGAGAGAUCAUAUAUGUUAAAUCUUUGAACCUUCAAUAUACCAAACCAGUUUUGUUACAUUUGGUAGGUGUCAUUCUACCUUCUAAGUAUACAUCAAAUACUAUGAAACUUUA